AAGUCGUAUGCGUUGACAGAAAACAAUAAAACCGGCAACAUAUUAGUCGGAGACACAAUCGAACUUGUUCAGCAAAAUUUACAGCAAUUCACUGUUAAUUUCACCAUAUUUUUACAUUUGAUAUUGUUUACAACGAAAUCAAAGCACAAAUAUAGACGAAAAUGGCUACUUCGACCGAAGAAAAUAAGAUCAAAAAUAUCGUCUUUUACAAGUGUCAACUGCGGGACAAAGCCUGUACAAAUUUGUAUCUCGACACUCAAACAUCAGAUGUAAAUUUUGUGAUCUGUGAGACGAUUGAAAAAGAUAUUUUCAAAACUAAAGCUGACGAAUUGAAAGCAAAACCGGCUACAACUGAUAAAAAAGUCAUCGAAGAAAUUCCAGCGCAUAAAAUAAUUAUGGCGGCAGCGAGCGAAGUAUUCGAAAAAAUGUUCUACGGUAAAAUGAAAGAGAAGGGUAACGUCGAAAUUGUUGAUUCGUCUCCAGAAGCAUUCAAACUGUUUUUACAAUGUUUUUACUUCAUCGAGGUCCAAUUUACAAAAGAAUACAUUCCUGAGGUUAUGUAUCUCGCCGAUAAGUAUGUGACUACAGAAUGCAUGAAUUCAUGUGUCAGCUUUUUGAAAGAUACAUUGACAUCGGAAGACAUUUGCUGGGGCUAUCGAUUGGCAGUUUUGUACAAACAAUCUGAACUGAAGCUGUUUUGUGAGCAUCAUAUUGCGUUGAAUUCCGUUCAGGUAUUUGGCUCAGACGAUUUUCUUCAUUGCGAUCGUUCAGUGUUGACACACAUAUUGAAAAACGACUUGAUGCCAUGCGAAGAAACUAUUUUAUUUGAUAGUUGUUUGGCUUGGGCGAAAACUGUAUGCAAAGAAAAAGGAUUGGAUGCAGAAAAAUCUCAGAAUUUACGAGCUCAGUUGGGCGAUUGUCUCCAUUUGAUUCGUCUCGGCACGUUUUCCAUGGAAGAAUUCACCAAGCGUACCUUGACUUACUACGAUUUAUUCACUGUCAUCGAAUGGGCCGAUAUAGUGCAUUCACUUACUAUCAAAGAAUAUGUCCCCAGACAUUUUUCGCGAGAAAAGCGUUUUUGGUGGAACGCAAGCAAAAUGUGGAAGUGUGCGCGUACAGCUACGAACUCAGCUGCGUACUACAUUGAAAAAAGUUGCGAAAUUAUGCAUGUUACCACAAAUAAAAAUAUUUUACUCGGCGGAUUCUAUGGUGUAGCAUUAGCUCAUCGCAAUGGCAUUUCAUUCCAUAAAGAUGCCAACAUUACCAUCACCGAAAUUCCUGGCACGUCAUUCGAUCGAAAAACGGGAAAAAUGGUCUUCUCUGGCACCAUGAAUUUUGUCAACGGAACAAUACCAUACGUCAAGCUGCCAAUCGCCAUUCAUAUCAAGAGAUGUAACACCUACGAAUUUCGAUUGGAUAUGCCAAAUUUCAACGACUGUUACGUCUCUUAUGAAUAUAAUAAAAAAGUCGCUGGUUCUAGUGAUCUCUCCAUUGAAUUUACUUUUGAUGAAGGUCGCGGUCGUCUGAUUACGUGCUUGGAAAUAAAUUCAAUUUAAGAAAAUCCGGAAAAUGGAUCCCUUUUUCAUUAUCAUUUAAGCAAUUUAUUACGGUUUGACACUAAAUAUUCGUCCAUUUUUAUUAAUUUUACACUUUAAGAUUUCUAAAACAAGAACAUUUCUUGGAACCGAAAAAAAUUCACAUUAAUCUGAAAUUCUCCAAAAAUUAUUGGGACUAAAACUUAAUAAAAGGAAUUUUUUGAUGAUUA